AUGAAGCCCUGGGCUCACUCUAGUUUAGUGCGAGUGAAGUCAGGGAUCCAGCCUCAAGUGUGUGUGCAUGUGGUGAUGGGGGAGGAGGUGGGAAGUGGGUUUGGCAAGGCCUUUACCAGGAUGUGCCACGUGCCUUUGGCACUGUGCUGUGCUGCCAACAUUCUGUCCCAGACACACUUCCUGAACUCUUCGCCAAGCAAGUCACUGGAGUGUGCCAAUCUUUCUAAAAUGUCCGUUGCUCCUCAUCUCUUCCCUGCUCAGGGCCCUUUGGUGACCCUGUCCCUUCCAGGAACUGCCCAAGACACAAAGCCCAGAGUUCCUAGCUUGCAUUUUAAGCCUGGUAUGCUCUGGCCACUGCCACCCAACUGCCCUACUGAACUUAAAGUUCCCUAA